GUGUAUCCUUCGGGUUCAGAGGGUAAAGGUUGGAUGAAGAUGGCAGCCGUGUAAACUGAGGCGUUGGCAGUACGCUAAAUGGCUCACAGGAGGAGAUUAGUCUGUAUCCAUAUCUAGACUUGAAAUGCAGAGCUCGGUAGAUACCUGAUAAUUAUUCAAUUUCGAGAUUUUGUCGAGGAGGGCGGCAUAAUGGCAAUAGUGUACGAGUUCGUGUGGCAGGUUCUGCAUGUUCUUCUUCACAUUCAUAGAACGCUUAUCACUUGGUUCCGACUCCGUCUUCGGAAUUGGAAUGGGCAACUGUGGUCACGAGCCUUAACGGCGCUUAUUGUGCCGAUAGCUCUCUCGUUUCCUAACCAAAAAAAUAUUGUCCCAGCACCCGGUAAACGCGUUGGUCGUCGGUAUCGCUGGGGGGCGGAUGGGAAAUCUCUGGAGAAGCUGCCUGACCAUAUCGGCUUAUUGAUAGCGGAAGAGGAGCCACGGUACACAGAUAUAGCCAACCUUGUGGUGUGGUGCAUGGCAGUCGGCAUUUCUUAUGUCAGUGUGUACGAUAAUUACGGUGUCUUCAGGAGGAACAACUCAAGGCUGAUGGAUGAGAUCCUGAAGCAGCAGCAGGAGCUCCUAGAUCUAGAAGGCUCCAAGCAGCUCUCUGUGGAGUUCCUUAACAAUGGCACUGACAAACAGGACCAACAAGUGCUGUCGUGUCAGUCUGUGUUGAAGGUGCUGUCUCCAGAAGACGGCAAGCUGAGGAUCGUGCAGGCAGCACAGCAGCUGUGUAGAGCUGUGGAGCAGAGGGAAAAGACAUCCAAAGACAUCAAUGUCACUAUGUUGGACUCCCUACUCAGAGAGUCGAAGAGUACACCAGAUCCAGACCUGGUUCUGAAGUUCGGCCCAGUAGAAAGCACCCUGGGAUUCCUGCCCUGGCACAUCAGACUGACAGAGUUCAUCUCCUUACCCUCCCAUGUAGACGUCACCUAUGAGGACUUAUUCAGCGCCUUGCAGCGCUACGCCUCCUGUGAGCAGCGGCUGGGGAAGUGAGUGAUUGGCCCCGCCCCUCCAGAGGAAGGGGAACGACAAGGGUGUGGGGUACGGGUCCGCCCUAGCCCCUCUUCCUCCCGGGUCUCUAUGUUUGCAGUACAGGCACGAGAGAACAAGCAACCAGCCAGACAGCGUACUGCCGCAUCACAUUGAAUCUCACCUCCACCCCCGCUCACUCGGACUCACUGCUCCUCCGCAACGUGAAAGGGUCACCAGGCUGCCUCUGUGAGGCAUGCUGGGUAGUACGGACCCUGACAAGGUAAUGGCACGCACUGAACAUCAGCGGGCUUGGAAGAGAUCGGCCAAUGCCCCUGCGUCAGCUGUAUUAACGAGGAACCAACAUUACCUGGAGGACAUUGUUAACCGUAUGGUGUAAAUCUAGUGUUGCUUUGCUUCUCUCUCGCUCUCUCUCUGUUUGCUGUAGAUCCUGCUGUGCCCCUGAGGUAUGAAUGAGGAUAAUGGAUAAAGCUUUCUGCUGCUCUGGAAGGGAGUGAUGUGUUGGGAGGAAUGUGCCAGGCAGAAUGUUUAAUGCCAAACAACAACAUUGCUCUUCAGGUCUCUCCAUCUCUGUAAAGGACUGCAUGGGGGACCUUGGGGUUUUUCUGGAAAUAUACUUUAUAUAAGUGUGCUUCAAAUGUAGCGCUUGAUCAAUAUGGUACGGGAGGAUGUGGAACGAGAGCUCUGUGAUACGGGACUAUACUCUGCAUGUUAAGGAUGUCUACAUGGUUGUGCUGUGUCUUCAUUCAGAGUUACUAUUGGUGGACUGUGUGUGUGUCUGCUUUUGUACAUGUGUGAAACUCAGCCAGCAAGUUACACUAAACCUACACAAAAUCCAAUCUUUGCAAUCAAUCAGGAUGAAAAAUAAAGCAGUUGUAUACAAUUUCCCCCAUGACCAACACUAUUUUAUUUGGUGUUGAAUUACUAGGUUUUCACUCCGUUGUCCAUAACAUUAAGAUUUUUGCAUGUGGAAGCCCCUUAAUCCUCAAUGCUGCUGUCUGUUGUUGUUAAUCCAUGUGAAUAUUGACUAACAUUUGUAUUAAAGUGUUUUGCUAUUUCUUUCAUCUCAUGAACUUGUUUAAAACCCAGAUUCAGUAUUUUAUUUUCCUUUCUCUCUGGUUAGAUGGCAUACAGGAGUAUUUACACUGUAGGGAUAUCCUAGAUAGAGGACUAGUGCCCAAAUGCCAAUUUUAGCAUGGGCAGUGCCAUUGAGGACUUCAACCAUUUUUGAAGUAGUCAACUGGAUGGGACUUCCUAUUGGUUAAGGAAGGAUCACGUGAUACCAUCUUGGACUUCGGGAGGGAUCAGCCAAUGAAUUAUACUAGUAAGCAAACAUUCCAUAACUGCAGGUGGCAGUAAAUCGCCAACCUGGGCUUUAUGCCUUUUCAAACAACACUCCAGGUGGCCGUAUGCAUUUACACCAUAAUGCUAACUGAUUACCUGUGGGACUGAAACUCCCAAUUCCUCACUAGCCAGUGGUUGGGUUGUCAUAGGAAGGUUAAUCAAUAAAUGUUACUGAAAACCCCAUAUAUGCAGUACACCUAUAUGCUUUGUUUGGGUUGGAUUCCCUCAGCAUCUUCUAAAGGUAGACUGAACAGCUGAUAAUGUCUUCAUAAUCUUCCUGCGAGCUAAAUUGAACCGAUGUAAAAGGUUGAUUUGUAGAGUUGUGUUGUCGGAUCUUGUUCUCUGCAUGUCCCCUCACAUGUAAUGUGUUCUAUGGUAAGGUGAACAAGUGUUUUACUCCCUGUAAUGUAUGCACCGAAAGGCCUGCUGGAUUUAACCUCAAAUGAUCAACUAUUGAAUAAUGGACUGAGAGUGAAGCUGUAGUAACCUUGGAUGUGUUAGAUAUUAAUUGAAUGUUUUAUUUGCACUGACACCGGUGGUUUGCCGUUCUCUGAUCAUUGCGUCCCAACCCAUAUAACCAAGUAUGUGUUUCACCAUCUGAAAGCUGUGUGCCUAGGGAGAGGCACUCGGAUGCAGGAUUCUAGUCAUUCUGAAGUGAUAUGCAGCAGUCAUUCAAAUGCAUGGUGGACUGCACCAUCAUUCAAAGGGAAAGCAUCUUUAAACGCUUCAUUUUAAAUACUAAUGUGUGUUGUGUUUUCGAUACAGGCAGGCUUACACACCUGCAGCUGAGAGCAGCUCAAACCACUGUACUUCUACUCUCUGAUGCAGCACUUUACAUAAGUCUUAACAUCCCCCUCAAAUGGAAGAGGGUUAGGUGUAGUGUUUUCAGAUGAGGCAGAUUUGCUUUAAAUCCAUCCUUAAUGUCAGUCUUUUAGACCAAGUGAAGGCAUAUGGGCUGCAGAAAUGGAGAACUACAUGAAAUUACGUUGGGCGAUGUCAACCUUUGUCCUUGCGCGAUUAUGUACCCAUACAACAUUGUGAUAUACGACGCUAUCGUCCCCCUAUUGGCCAACCCUAAACAUUUUAAUAAAUGUUGAAAACGGCAGUCAUUGAGAACGAAGUGAAAUUGCGUUAUGUUCAUAACGCAUCCUUGCAAGGGAGAGGAUUUUCCUCUAGUAAGCUUAGGAAUUUUUUAACACUGAAAUGUUGGUGUCUCAUUUAUCCAAAAUGCCAUAUUUACUUCUCUAACAACCCUAGUGAUGCCUUUAGGAGAUCAGAUUUGACCCAGUGUAACAUGAGAAAAGGUGACAGGCUGAGCUUCUUUCUCUCUCUCUCAAUACAAUAAAUUGGUUAUUUUGUAGAGGUUUAUUGUCUUAAAAGAUUCCUCCUAUCCAUGAGAAUUUAGCUGUAAAAAAAAUUGUCUUAAAGUGAUGUCCCCGAACAUUUCUAUAAUUUCAGUAGUUUUGAAAGUGGUACUAGCUCACGAGCCAAAAUGGGUGCCCAUUUUUUGUUCACUACUUCAUCCAAUUGUGUACUACGUCAUCCAUUUAGUACGAUAUGUUAAGUCAUGCAAACAUUAUUUGUUUUUGUGCUAAAGAUCUCGGACUGCAUCUUUAAGUAGGAUAUCAGUCAGAUAUGAAGGACGCAUUGGGAGUAAAAUUAUUGACAUUGACCCAAAAGUAUUCCCCUAUGUGCUGUGCUGUCAUGGCCUCUUAAGCUGAGGGGAUGAAAAGAGAAGUCAAACUGAAUAUAUUCUCAUACCCAUUCUAGAACCAACCAGUAGUUGUGUGUGCUAGAUUCAGGCUCAUUUCUGUUUUUAUGCAAUAGCAUUGUGGGGCCACUGAACCACAGGAGGUUGGUGGCACAUUAAUUGGGGAGGACGGGCUCGUGGUAAUGGCUGGAGCGGAAUAGGUGGAAUGCUAUCAAAUGCAUCAAACAGGUGCUUUCCAUGUGCUUGAUGCCAUUCUAUUUGCUCCAUUCCAGCCAUUAUUUUGAGCCGCCCUCCCCUCAGCAGCCUCUGCUCUACAACAGAAAGUCUUAUAUGAGAUAUUAACAUAGUUUUUACAGCUGAUGUAGAUCGACUAAAGCAUAUUUUAAUUACUACUUCCUUUCAGUUGACUGUUCUCCCUGCUGAUUGAUCAACAAGGGGAUGCCAGAAAGCACUGUCAGUUUCCAGUAUGCUAGCUAAAAGCAGCUAAUUAUAAAUAGGGCUGUGAGUGCAUUAAUUAACAAUUAUGAACAUGUGACCUUGUAGGAGGGUUGUACUUAAUUUGUGAAUGUUUAUUUUAAUCUUGUUCAGUCUGGUGGGGAAAUAAACACAUGCACAGACAUGGGCUUCUAGUUGUUAACAGUGCCAACGCCACUGUGAACUGGGGUAGGGCCUGGUAGGGGUUUGGGAAGCCCUGAUGUAAACUGUUACAAACUAUGGAAGAGUAAUGUUUUGAUUUUCAUCCUGCUUGUGUUAUGCUUUUAAAAUGUGUUACUUUUCUCUCAAAUUAUGUCAAAAGCCCAAAACCAGCAUUCCAGACUCUUUUAAGGGUUCAAAUUAGCAAUUGUAGUGUAUGCUAUUCACUGGUCAGAAAAUAAGUAAUUACUGGUCUCUGCAAAUUCUGUGACAGUGGUCAUCAGCAUAAUGUCAAGUGGAGAGUCUGGGUGAAAAAUACCUGUCAAGCCCCUUUGUUCAGUGGUGUGUCCCAGUCAAUCAUAAGUUUGCCUUUUUUCUCUUCUUUAUUAUUUGAAUUAUAUUUAUUUAUAUAUACACUACCGUUGAAACGUUUCGGGUCACUUAGAAAUGUCCUUGUUUUUUAAAGAAAAACUAAAAAAAAUUGUCCAUUAAAAUAACAUCAAAUUGAUCAGAAAUACAGUGUAGACAUUGUUAAUGUUGUAAAUGACUAUUGUACCUGGAAAUGCUGAUUUUUUUAUGGAAUUCGCAUUGUGAAUAAUGUUUCCUGUGUAGCGCUGAAGUAACCAUGGCAACCAUGUUGUUCAUCUGUGUAUGAUUGUAAAUAAUAUGUCAAACAUUUCUUAUUGAUUUAGAAAAAGGAUAUAGAAUCCAAUUACAUGUGUACCUAUUUUAAAUGAAUUGAAAUGGAAAACUGGUUAUAAACUGCUAAUUUAUGA